AUGAGUAAGUAUCAGGUGAAGAAAGUUGACACAUUGGAUCUAAUCUUCAUUCCAGUACUACUAUCUGAUCAUUUCUGGUGCCUAUGCUUUCACUUGAAAAAUGGCGAAAUCGAGUUAAUUGAUAACUCUAGGUUUGACGAACCGUUUAGCAAACGCUACCGUGGGCGCCCCGAAAAGCUGCGAAGAGUUCUAGUACUAUACCUAAAAGGCAAGAUUCGACAACAAGAGUGGAUAACAAACUUGGAAACAGCAAGCAUAAUUCGAAAGGAAAUGGAUUGGAGAACUCUUCAAAACGGUUGCGAUUGUGGUGUCUUCACUAUGAGACAUAUGGAGACAUACAAAGGAAAGUCUCCAUGGAAUCCGGGGUUUGAGAACGAAGAUAAAAAGAAGAGACAAGAUUCUCAACUUCGAUUCUUGUGGUACCGAUAUCUUAGUAAGAUUGUAUUGUCCGACUACAAUCUUAUAAGGAAAGAAGUAUUCGAAAAAGCUAAGGAAUUUACGAAGAAAGUGAGCACCGUGGAUAUUUUGAACGAUCUAGAUAACAAAAUUAAGGACCGCUUGGAUCAGUUCUUCAGCCUUAAAAAAGGGGGAAAAAUGCUAAGUCGUUAA